CUUGGAUCUGACAAUUACUGAAACAUGGCAUUUGGUACAAUAACAUCUUUGCUGGGCAUGAUACCGCUGCUGGCCAUCGGCAUGAAUUAUUAUCGUUAUCAGACGGUGGAUCCGGAGAAUAAGGUGCAGGAGCCGAGUGUGAUUCGUGGCCAAUAUGAUUUUGUGGUGAUAGGAGGCGGCUCGGCGGGGGCAGUGGUGGCCAAUCGCCUGUCGGAGGUGAAAAACUGGACAGUGCUGCUACUGGAGGCAGGUGGUGAUGAAAAUGAAAUAUCCGAUGUCCCAACCCUGGCCGGGUUCCUACAACUCACCGAAAUGGAUUGGAAAUAUCAAACCACCCCCUCGGCCACCCGCCAAUACUGUCAGGCCAUGAAGGGAGAUCGCUGCUUUUGGCCGCGCGGCAAGGUUCUCGGUGGCUCAAGUGUCCUCAAUGCCAUGGUCUAUGUGAGAGGGUCCAAAAACGACUAUAACCACUGGGAGUCGCUGGGCAACAACGGCUGGGGCUAUGAGGAUGUCCUGCGUUAUUUCCUAAAAUCCGAGGAUGUACGCAAUCCUUAUUUGGCCAAGACCCCCUAUCAUGAGACCGGAGGCUAUCUCACCGUCCAGGAGUCACCAUGGCGUACGCCGCUCUCCAUUGCUUUUCUGCAGGCCGGCAUGGAAAUGGGUUAUGAAAAUCGGGACAUUAAUGGCGAGAAGCAGACCGGUUUCAUGCUCACCCAGUCCACAAUGCGCCGAGGGUCCCGCUGCAGUACUGGCAAGGCUUUUAUACGACCCGUGAGGUUGCGUAAGAAUUUGGAUGUUCUACUGCAUGCCCAGGCCACGAGGAUUAUUUUGGAUGAAAACAAGAGAGCCACGGGAGUGGAAUUCGUGAAAAAUGGCCACAAAAAUGUGGUGUUCGUGAGACGUGAAGUGAUUUCCAGUGCCGGUGCCAUAAACAGUCCCCAGCUGCUGAUGUUGUCGGGCAUAGGGCCGGCGGAGCAUUUGCAGGAAUUGGGUAUACCAGUGGUAUCCGAUUUGCCGGUGGGAAAUAAUCUCCAGGAUCAUGUGGGCCUGGGUGGCCUUACCUUUGUGGUGGAUGCUCCUCUCACGGUGACCCGUAAUCGUUUCCAAACCAUGCCCGUCAGCAUGGAAUAUAUCCUAAGGGAACGUGGUCCCAUGACCUAUACCGGAGUGGAGGGUGUGGCCUUUCUCAACAGCAAAUUCCAGGACCCGAAUGUAGACUGGCCGGACAUACAAUUCCAUUUCUGUCCCAGUUCCAUUAAUUCCGAUGGUGGAGAUCAAAUUCGCAAAAUUCUAAAUCUACGCGAUGGCUUCUACAACACGGUCUACAAGCCCAUACAGAACUCAGAAACCUGGUCCAUAUUGCCGCUACUGCUGCGGCCGAAGAGUACCGGUUGGGUGCGCUUGAAUUCCCGCAAUCCCCACCAGCAACCGAAAAUCAUACCCAACUAUUUUGCCCAUCAACAGGACAUUGAUGUGCUGGUGGAGGGUAUAAAGUUGGCGGUGAAUGUUUCCGAUACCCAGGCUUUUAAGAGAUUUGGCUCCCGCCUGCAUCGUAUACCCUUGCCGGGCUGUAAACAUCUGGAAUUUGCCAGCGAUGAGUACUGGGCGUGUUGCAUCAAACAAUUCACCUUUACAAUUUAUCACCCGACGGGGACGUGUAAAAUGGGUCCCAGUUGGGAUGUCACAGCUGUGGUGGAUCCUCGUCUGCGUGUCUAUGGGGUUUCGGGUCUGAGGGUGGUGGAUGCCAGCAUUAUGCCCACCAUUGUGAAUGGCAACCCAAAUGCUCCUGUCAUAAUGAUUGGUGAAAAAGCCUCGGAUAUGAUCAAAGAAGAUUGGGGGGUGAAGCCAGCAGCGGGGUUAAGACGUCAGGGGUCCUAAAUUGCUCGCACAAGG